GCAGACCAUUCACAACAGACCACCAGCAAGCCAGCAGAUGCAGGCCGAGCUCUCGAGAUGACUGAUGCAAGACACAUCACCAUGCAGUUUAUGAUUCUCUCUGCUUUGCUGUUUCUAGGAAGAGGCAUGGCUUCUGAGACCCUGGAGACUGAGCAUGCAGAGGCUGAUUUAGACCACUCAGGCAACGAGAAAGGUGCUUCACUCAACGUGUCCAAAAGGCCAAGUCUCCAACCCAAAGAGACAGCGCCAGCCACUGGGAGCUUUGUCUUAAAGAACCGGAAAGGCCAAGUGUGCGUGAAGGCAAACCUGGGAGUGGUGUACAUAGUGAUAGAGGACAAGAAAAAAUCAUUUUUCAACAUGAACCCAAAAUCCACUAUGGCAACAGGAUACUGUGGAGACCAGAGGGCUGUCCUUUCAUUGGUCUUUGAAGGUGGAAAUCUGGAGUUUACUUUCAUUAAGGAGGGCAGUGUGACCUAUGUGAGUAAGAUGAAGGCUGUUCUCGAGCCACAGCCUCCCUGUGAGAAAUGCAAAUCCAAAAAAUAUCCAGGUAUUAUGGACCAUGAAAAACUCUUCUCAGCCACCAAUGGAAAGAGCUUCAUGUGCAAUUCGGAGACUUCUUUAAUCCUGGCUGACAGUCUUAGAAUUAAGAUGGUUCCUUUGCAGAUUCAAGCCUUUGACCUGUCCAAAGGGACAUUUGGAAACGAGGUGGAGUGCUGGGCAGACUACACAAAACGGAUCGUGCCCAUUGUCCUGGGCGCUGUAGCUGUGAGCGUCAUCCUCAUCGCCGUGCUGGUGUAUGUGCUCCUGCGCGAACGCCGUGGGCAAAACUAUGAACAACUUUAAGAACUUGUGCAUGAUCUACAUAAAAUGUGGCUCUUGUGUUUACAACAGUGUAGAUAUAUAGUUAGUUACUCAAAACAGUGUAGCCAUUCACCUAAAAGGUUAUGUGGAUGUUGACGCCACUAUUCAGAUAAAUCUGGUACAAAGUCAAGCCAAGACUGUGACUGUUUUAAUUCGCGUUGUUAUAAAAUAUCUGACUGAGGCUUUAAAAUGAGUGAUAGCUACUGCAAUUCAUUGUGUAUUAUUUGUCAAUAAUAAGGAAAAGCACUGUAUUUGUUCGUUUGAUUUUGUCACAUGUAUGAAUGAGAAUUUUUUACUACUAUCAAUAAAGUAUGGAAAAAUC